AUUUUCGUUCUGCAUGUAGUUUAGCUUAGCGAGUUGUACUCCGGCGAAGUCUUAGCUGUAGCGUGCAAGGAAGCGAGAUGCCCGAUGAGCGUGAGAUGCGAUGUGGUAGGCGUGAUGCUAGCGCCGUGUGAUACGGCAUCGUCGUGCGAUGCGGCGAGGCGCACAAGAAGCUAGAAACGGCCGGCUGGAUGACCAAGAGAAUUGGGCGAGUUAGUUAGUGCAUGCAUCGGUUUGUUAUUAGCUGCAUGCUAGCUGGUGGCCAAGUCGUGUGUGGCCGUUGAGAGAUAGGUGCACACGCUGUGCAUGGGCGUGCUUGAGUUAAUGGUUAGUUAGAGUCGUGGUGUUAGUGGCCGAGAGGUCCGGCUAGUUAGUGCGGGCAUGAGGCUGAUCUCCUGUAUAUAUGUGCUACUUUGAGUCAAUGAGAAAUGGAGGCCGUGAGGGCUGAGCACCAAAGAUGUAGCCAAUGUAUUCAUCAAGGAGAGAGUGCCUUGGCAAAGCUCUUGUGCUUCUCCUUGGUGUAUGCGUGUGUGUGUGUGUGCAGAGGUUUUCACCAUGUGGAUGUGUGUGUGUUCAUGAGAGAAGUAGAGAGUUGUGUGAGGCAGCUCGGGGUAGAAGAAGUAGAAGUGGCGCUGCGAGGUGAGGCGGCGCCAACAGGCGCUGCGGUCGCGGACGUGGAGACGAGGGCCCUCGUCGUCUACGAGGGCCCCGCGGCCGGGGACGGCGUGCCGGUGCCGCCCGCGGUGACCGAGGGCGUUGCGGUCGCGGGCGUCGAGAUGGGGGCCGUCGUUGUGUACGAGGGCCCCGCGGCCGGGGACGGCGGGGUAACCCAGGUCGGGGUUUUGGCAACGCUGGACGACGAGCCGCAGGGCGAGGCCGGGCAGAUCGUCCCGGCCGGCAGCGUCGACUCUACCGCGCUGGCCCAACCGGGUCUGUGCUAUCUCCCCCUGCAGAUGCUGCCGCCGGACGACGGGAUCCCGUGGCUCCCCUGGGCAGGCAGCGGCGCACGCCAGUCGAGGCGGAGGGCCGACAUGGUGCGGGCGUGGGUGCGCGACCAGCUCCAGCACAAACAUCGCCUGCCCAGGGACCUGCCGCUGUGCUACAUCGGGGAGAAGGUCCUGUGCCGGUCCGACAUGAACCUGGGGCACGCCCGCCUCCUCCUCCCGGCCCCCGCGCGCGGCCGCCUCUGCCGAGCCUUCCUCUACCCCUUCGAGAUCGCCGCGUGCGGCUUCAACACCAACGACCCCAAGCCGAUUACGAUCCCCGGGGUGAGGGCCACGCCGACGACAUUCCCGGGCGUGCCCUUGUCCGUCUACGUCAGCAGCGGGCGCCGGGGGCGCGGCCAGUGCAAGUCUGACCGCCUGAAGCUCAACAAGUUCCAUCGCAACGACGCCACCGUCAUCAACGGUCAGGGGUACAGGAGCUUCAUGGUGGACUGCGGCCUGGAGGCCGGCGACGGCGUCGAGGUGUGGGCGUUCCGGUGGCCGCCUGGGAUCCGUCCGUGCCUUCUGAUCGCCAAGAAGGACGGCGUCCGCGCCCGCGCCCGAAACCCGUAGUUCGAGUUCGACCCUCUCGCUGGGAUCCUAGUAUCUCAUACUGCAUGUCAACUGCACUCUGUUGUUGUUGUUUUUUCUUGUGCGAGGAGUUGCUGCUGUUGUUAUCACUGUUUUUUUUUUUGAAACUUUGUUGUUAUUACUGUUGUUGUAUCGUAGUGAGCUAGCCUAGCGGUCGCUUGGUCCUAGGUUAAGUUGUAUCUUAGUGAUCAGCUAGCUCUCCUUAAUCAUGUUCUCUAAGUACAAUUCCGAUUCUGAAUGCAAUAUUUUGUAUUA